AAACUCUUGAUCGAAAUCUUUGCUAGACUACCUGUGAAAUCUCUGCUUCGAUUUAGGUCAGUCUGCAAAUCUUGGUACUCCUUAAUCACCAACCCAAGUUUCAUCACCACACACCUCAAUCGAACUAAAUCAAGCCACAGUCACAAACUACUCAUCAAGUUCAACUAUGGGAAUCGAGAUGGUUGCUUGUCAUUUACUGAUGAUGAGACAUUUGGCGAUGAGUUUGUGAAACUUGAAUACCUAGUUCAAAACUACAAUGAAUUCAAGAUUGUUGGUUCAUGUGAUGGGUUGUUGUGCUUAUCGGAUUAUUAUGGCUCAGACUAUGCUGUUCUAUGGACCCCAUCAAUUAGGAGAUUCGUGAAACUUCCUAAGUCUGGUUCUUCUGUGACCAAGACUCAUCGCUUGCUUCGGUUUGAUUUUGGAUUUGGGUUCAACCACAUGAGUAAUGACUACAAAGUGGUGAAAAUUGUGUGUGCAAAGGAUAACCAUCGCCGUUAUGUUGUGCAUAGGGUGGAGCAUUUUGCACUUAGCAUGGGUUCUUGGAGAUCCGUUUGUAUUGGUGAUUUAUGUUAUAAACUUUAUGGUUUUGAUUCCUUGCUCGUGUUUGUGAAUGGGGCUGCUCAUUGGGUUGUAUUUAAUCUAAGAAAGGAUUGUGUUUGCAUUCUGGCGUUUGAUAUAGUUGAAGAGGUGUUUAGGGAGAUAGCUUUGCCAAACCAUCAAAUUGAUGUGAUUCUCCGAACACACGUGUCUAUUACACUAUUGGGCAAGUCACUUGCUGUAAUCCUCUAUGAAGCUGUUUUUUACUUCUGUGAAAACAAUUGGGACCAACCAUGUAUGGGUAAUGGAAGAAUAUGGUGUCAUAGAGUCAUGGACUAAAGGAUGCAGAAUGAUUAGGAAGCAAAGAGGUUGACAGUAUUGGGUUCUAGGAAGAGUGGUGAUGUCUUGGCAUUGUGAUGAGUAUUUAACUUUGGUGGUUUUGUGACUUGGGUACUUUGAGAAAAGAUCAUAUAAUUUACUUUGAUUUCGAAAAAUAUUUGUACAAAUAUAAUGAAGUUCUGAAAUGAAUUUUGCUAUGUAAAAUCUAAUGUAUUCCUAACUAUGAUUUGUUAGUUACUUAGCAACAAACGUUUUAUUUUUUAUUUUUUUAUUUUCCUUGAUCUUUCAUAUUCUGUUAUUUGACCAAGUGAAACUGCAGCCUUUGUUCCCCAUAUCU